GGGACCCGCCGGGCUCCAACUCGGCAGCGCCGGCGCUCGGCGGGCAGCAACUUUCUCCCCGCAGCGGCUGCGGCGGCGGAGCGGGAGGCGGCAGGAGCAGGCGGCGGAGCUGCUCCUGGCCGCGCGGGGCUGUCCAGCCCUCCGAGCCCUCCGGCCCGCGGAGCCUCGCGCCCCCCGGCGGCCCCGGGCCCCUGCCCUAUGUCCCGCAAGGCGAGCGAGAAUGUGGAGUACACGCUGCGGAGCCUGAGCAGCCUGAUGGGCGAGCGGCGCAGGAAGCAGCAGGAGCCGGACGCGGCGAGCGCGGCCGGGGAGCGCAGCCUGCUGGCGGCCGCCGAGUCGAGCGCCAGCCUGCAGGGCGCGGGCGCGGGCGGCGUCGGGGACCUGGAGCGCGCGGCGAGGCGGCAGUUCCAGCAGGACGAGACCCCCGCCUUCGUGUACGUGGUGGCCGUCUUCUCGGCGCUCGGCGGCUUCCUGUUCGGCUAUGACACGGGGGUGGUGUCGGGGGCCAUGCUGCUGCUCAAGCGGCAGCUCAGCCUGGACGCGCUCUGGCAGGAGAUGCUCGUGUCCAGCACGGUGGGGGCGGCCGCCGUCUCAGCGCUGGCCGGCGGGGCCCUCAACGGCGUCUGCGGCCGCCGCGCCGCCAUCCUGCUGGCCAGUGCCCUCUUCACGGCCGGCUCCACGGUGCUGGCCGCGGCCGCCAACAAGGAGACGCUGCUCGCCGGCCGCCUGGUCGUGGGGCUCGGCAUCGGCAUUGCUUCUAUGACAGUGCCAGUGUACAUUGCCGAGGUCUCGCCACCCAACUUAAGAGGUCGAUUAGUCACCAUUAAUACCCUCUUCAUCACAGGAGGGCAGUUCUUUGCAAGUGUUGUUGAUGGAGCCUUCAGUUAUCUCCAAAAGGAUGGAUGGAGGUACAUGUUGGGACUUGCAGCAAUUCCGGCAGUUAUACAGUUUUUCGGCUUUCUCUUUUUACCUGAAAGCCCUCGAUGGCUUAUUCAGAAAGGACAGACUCAGAAGGCCCGUAGAAUCUUAUCUCAGAUGCGUGGUAACCAGACCAUUGAUGAGGAGUAUGAUAGCAUCAAAAACAACAUUGAAGAAGAGGAAAAAGAGGUUGGCUCAGCUGGACCUGUGAUCUGCAGAAUGCUGAGUUACCCCCCAACUCGCCGAGCUUUAAUUGUGGGUUGUGGCCUACAAAUGUUCCAACAGCUCUCAGGCAUUAACACCAUCAUGUACUACAGUGCAACCAUUCUGCAGAUGUCCGGUGUUGAAGAUGACAGACUCGCAAUAUGGCUGGCUUCAGUUACAGCCUUCACAAACUUCAUUUUCACUCUCGUGGGAGUCUGGCUUGUUGAGAAAGUGGGCCGCAGAAAGCUUACCUUCGGUAGUUUAGCAGGUACCACCAUAGCACUCAUUAUUCUUGCUUUGGGAUUUCUGCUAUCAGCCCAGGUUUCCCCACCCAUCACUUUUAAACCGAUAGCUCCAUCAGGUCAGAAUGCUACGUGCACAAGAUACAGUUACUGUGAUGAAUGUAUGUUGGAUCCAGACUGCGGUUUCUGCUACAAAAUGAACAAAUCAACUGUCAUUGACUCUUCUUGUGUUCCAGUUAAUAAAGCAUCCACAAAUGAGGCAGCCUGGGGCAGGUAUGUCACUCAUUACACACCAUAAGAAUAUACAAUCAAAUUUCAGAAUGACAGUUAAUUUUAAACUUACAGAGUGACUGCACUUGAAGUCCAUGGCUACACUUCUUUUAAACUGGUCUUCAUAACGACAUUAUUUUGCAGCAUGUACUGAUGAAAGUAGGUACAAAACAUUGCAGCUGUAUGUUUCAUAAACUUAGAGUAGAAAGCACUCAAGCCUAGACUUCAGGAAGUCCACAUUCCAGACCCGCCUCUGCCCUAAGCUGUAGGAAUUUGGAUCUUGAGGCUGGUGUUCCUAAAUAUUGCCAAGGCAAUUUCUCCUGCUGUGUAUUGUUUAACUAUACCAGUAAUUUCCAAAGUCCCAAACUUAAGUGAAAGACAGAAAAUUGUCAAGUCAGAAUUAAUUAAUCUCAUUUUAAAUUCUUUGAUGGAACUAUUGUUUUGUUAAAAUACUUUCCUGGAGUUUAAUGAAAUUAAGCAAAAUAAGGAUAAAAGUUGGUAAUCACUGGCACGUCAUUAAUCUGGGAAACUGUAAACCUUUCUCUUUUUGAGAGAACACUUUGGUUAGUAGUAGGCUCAUAAAUGAAAUAUUUGUAUAGAACAAAUAAUUCCCCACAUUUAUGAACUAAUAUUCGUAUCCAUGGACAUAGAAAACAUGCAAAUAUUAUUUGACAUGACUUAAACCUCUUUUGUGUUUUAAAUUCCCAUAAAAGGAAUAA